ACUUUCCAUCUUCCAGUGUUUUUAUGGAUUCUAAAAUCUUCUUUAUAUGGUACCUUUUUACUUCGAUUCUCGGGUCGGAUCAGAAUAAUUUAUUAGUGUAGGUUGAAGGAGAUAAAAUGGCAGUGAGAAGUGCAGUGCAUGUUUGUUGUUUUUGCAGUGAUAUUUAACUCGGUUGGUUUUCAAAGUUCUGAUCUUUUUUCUUUAUGAACACGAUAAUGGAAGUUUCAAGUUCGAAAGAUAGUUCAGUAGCUUCAAGUCCUUUCUCUUCACCCAAUGUCAGUGCUCUGCUGAAAAUUAAGGUUAUUUCAUGGUGCCAAGAAACUGGACUUCCUGUCUCCAUUCGAGUUCGAGUAGGCGAAAGGACCUUCGGCCUGCAUAAGCAUCCAUUGUUUUCAAAGAGUGGAUACUUUCAGAAGAGAUUGACCGAAUCGAAUGAGCUGGAGUUGCCACAAGAUUUUCCUGGGGGACCCCUGACAUUCGAGAUGAUUACGCUGUUUAUCUAUGGCUCCACCACAUUGGUUGACCCUUUCAACGUGGCUGCCCUUCGGUGUGCAGCCGAAUUUCUCGAGAUGACCGAAGAGUACUGCACUGGCAACCUCUGCCAGCGGUUCGAUCUCUAUUUGAAUCAAGUGGUGUUGCAGAGUUGGGAUGACACGCUGAUCGUUCUCCAGAAAUGCCAAGCAUUGCUCCCCUGGUCCGAGGACUUCCUGAUCGUGAGCCGGUGCAUCGAAUCCUUAGCCUUCAUGUGCUGCAUGGAGAUUCUGGAUCCGGAGAGGAGAAGGGACAAACCAGUUGUGACAUUAGAGGCAUUGGCGGGUGAGGCUUGGAGCAGUGAAACAGUGAAAGCAAUAGCAAGCAAGGACUUAUGGAUCAAGGAUCUCAUAGCUCUACCAUAUGGAUUCUUCAAAAGGAUAAUUGGUUCCUUAAGAAGGCAAGGAAUGAAAGAGAAAUACGUGACACCCAUCAUCGUUUUCUAUGCAAAUAAAUGGCUUCUCUCCAAGAAAACACAACAAUUCUGGGAAAAUUCAGGUGAGGAAACUGAUGACAGUGACUCGGACAACAAGGGUUCUUCCAUUUUACAAGGGAUUCUUGAAUUACUCCCCAUUGGUGAAAAACCCAGUAGGUCCAUUCCUGUUGGAUUUUACUUUGCAAUUCUUUCUAGAUCCUUAGAAUUUGGUUUAACAAGUGAGAGACUAGUGAAAUUGCAAGACCAGAUUGCAAGUAUGUUACAGUUUUCCCAGGUGGAAGAUUUUAUCUUUCCACAGGUUAGAACAGGGUCCAUUUCAUCAAGCAAGGAACUGGCCAUUAUGAAGAACAUUUUCUCAACUUUUGCAUCGUUUAACAUGGAGACCAACCCUUCUCCUUCAGCAAGUAACUCCAUUGUUGCAGAGUUAUGGGACACAUACCUUUCCCGGGUAGCUUCUGAUCCACAAAUGGGGCCUAAGAUGUUCAUUGAACUCGUCGAGUUAUUACCGAUAUCUUAUCGGCAGACACAUGAUCAGCUUUAUAGAGCUACGGAUAGCUUCCUACAGGCGCACAGAGGUAUAACACAGGAGGAGAAAGGAUCAGUCUGCAAAUACCUCAACUGCCAGAAACUUUCACAAGCGGCAUGCAUUGAAGCGGUUCAAAAUGAGCUGAUGCCACUGCGUUUGAUUGUCCAAGCUCUUUUUGUUCAACAACUAAACACCCACCAAGCGUUUAAAGAAUGCUCGGACUCGUUUAGAUUCACCCGUCAAUUCUCCGGGAGCCUGUCGAGCCCGAGAUGUCCGAACUCAAGAACCCUGAACCUUGAAGAAAGUCCGUACAACGACGCCGGAGAGUCGACAAACAGCAAACCAUUGAGCUUGCUCCUACAAAAUGACCUUCCAACAAUAGAGACAAACUACGAAUCAACGAGCUUUAGAGUUCAGAACCUCGAACAAGAGCUCAUGGCGUUGAAAAAGACCCUUGAAUGGCAUGAAAUGUCAAAGAAAACAGAUUCGAAACAGAACAAAUCGCAAUGUACGAAACCAUAUGGUUUAGAAAGAAGGUCAGGAAGCAAGAGGAAGAACCCUCUGGGGGAAGUAACGGGUUGCAUAGGUUCUGUAAAUUUUGCUUCACAAAGAAAGUAUGCCAGUAGGCUUAUUAAGAUCUUUCGUAGAUUGUCAUUGUUUGGAAUUAGAAAAUCAAAGAGAAAGACAGGAACUACUAAGUCAUUCUAG